UUGCCAAUUAUUUACCUUGCGUUUUCAACUGUUGUUGCCAUUGCAAGAGCAGCAUUACUUUCAUUACUCUUGGCACAUCAUCAUACGUUGACUCGUGAACCGUUAAAUCUUUUACAUACCGUACCUGCUUCAGUAUACAAUUAUAAGAUGCAGAGAUUUAUGGAUCAAGUGUUUUAUUCCAAUCUUAGUUUAAGUGGAUGUAAAAUUUUCUAUGUUAACCGAGGAUCAAUUUUGUCUAUGAUUGCAACUAUAAUGAAAUAUGAGCUUGUUCUCCUUCAAUUUCCCGAGCGUUAA